CGGGAGUGAGAGCUGGUGUUUACGAGGUGACUGGUUCUGUCGGAGGACGGUGCGGCAUUCUGAGGAGAACGCUCGCGAAGAGGAUGCUGGUGGUGGAGGUCGCGAACGGCCGCUCCCUGGUAUGGGGGGCCGAGGCGGUGCAGGCACUGCGGGAGCGUCUGGGAGUGGGGGGCCGCACGGUGGGCGCCCUGCCCCGCGGGCCCCGCCAGAACUCGCGCCUGGGCCUCCCGCUGCUGCUGAUGCCCGAAGAGGCGCGGCUUCUGGCGGAGAUCGGCGCCGUGACCCUGGUCAGCGCCCCGCGCCCGGAUCCGCGCCAACACAGCCUGGCUCUGGCAUCCUUCAAACGCCAGCAAGAGCAGGGCUUCCAGGAGCAAAGCGCCCUGGCAGCUGAGGCCCGCGAGAUUCGUCGUCAGGAGCUCCUAGAGAAGAUUGCGGAGGGCCAGGCUGCGAAGAAGCAGAAGCUGGAACAGGAGUCAGGGGUCAGCGAGAGCCAGGGGGCCGGUGCGAACCCGGCUGCCGCGGAGAGUGAGGCCAGCGCUAGCCAGGCUCCUGCGGAGCCCGAGGAAGCAGGUUCCUCUUCUCCCCAGCCAGGGCCUUCAGAUGAGGUGGCCCCUUUGCCCAGGUCCGCCCUGCUGGUCCAGCUGGCCACUGCUAGGCCUCGGCCCAUCAAGGCGAGGCCCCUGGAUUGGCGUGUCCAGUCCAAAGACUGGCCUCAUGCUGGCCGUCCUGCCCAUGAGCUCCGCUACAGCAUCUACAGAGACCUGUGGGAGCGAGGCUUCUUCCUCAGUGCUGCUGGCAAGUUCGGGGGUGACUUCCUGGUCUAUCCUGGUGACCCACUUCGUUUCCAUGCCCACUACAUUGCUCAGUGCUGGGCUCCGGGGGACCCCAUUCCACUGCAGGACCUGGUUUCUGCUGGCCGCCUGGGAACCAGCGUCAGAAAGACGCUGCUGCUCUGUUCUCCUCAGCCUGAUGGGCUUAGGUCUCAAGAGGGCUCAGUAAACGUGUUGAAUAAAUGUGGAGUCUGUGAUUUGAAUCCGGGUGACAGUCCUGGGAAGUGUGGGUGUUUGCAUUUGCUUAUAUGGAUGAGGGAAAGGCCCGGAGGAGGUCACGCCUCUAGGAGGUAGCCCGCUGGGCUGGGAGUUAAAACCUGGUCUUUCUGAGUCCAAGGUCUGCACUCUCCCCCCCACACUAAACUUUCUUUUGAGAAGAUCUUCACGAAGCGUUUCAGGUGCACACAAAGGCAUAAAUCAAAGUAACACGUGAAGAGAAGAAGGACAUGAGUGUUGCACUUUCCGGACAGGUUUGGGUUGGGGAGGGGAAGGUCAGGAAGGACUCGUGGGGCUGGUGGAAUGCGGGUGGGGUUCUUUUUCUUGGCCUGGGUGGUGUUUAUUCAGGUGUGUAGAAUUCUAUUUUAUACCAUACAUUUAUGAUCCGGGUCUUUUUUUCUACAUAUAUUCUAUUAAAAGCUGAAACACGUAUGAAUAAAGUACACAUUGUGAGAUGGUUCCUAUAGCUGCCUUUCUGCUUAAGAAACUACUUGAACGUUAUCAGCACCCACUUCCAGUAUUUACGUGUCUAUUUUUAAAAUGUGUACUUUCGUCCCAUGGAUUUCGUUACUGAAACACUGUCACAUGGUCAUGAUUCUGGGGCUGAAAGCAUCUCUCUCUAGUUUCCCAAUUUCUGUGGCACCUGUUCCUUCUUUCUUUCCUACCCUUUUCAGUAAACAGAUUUGUUCGAACCUCAAUUUCCUGUAAGCUUAGAUUAAUUUAAAACAGGACACCAACCCCUGCCCAGUUAACACUGUUCUUUGGGCCUCUUUGGUAACUGGCUUGUAAAUAUGUUGCCCAGGCUCUCUCUUCUUUGCAACAGAGUUCUUAACUGACUCAGUACUCAGUAUCUCUGUCUUGAGUCUUCCCUUAAAAAAUUCCUCAUUACAAAACUUGUGGAUGGGGGGUUCCUGGGUGGCUCAGUCGGU